ACACUUUUGAUUUAGUUGAUAAAGAAAAACAUUAAAUUUCAAAUAGCAGUUGUUAACAAUAAGUUUUUGCUUUUUAAUUUCUUAUAUUGAAUAUUCUAAAUAGAUGUGGUUAGCGUUGAAAACAAUUGACAAUCAACUGUCAAGAGGAGUGGUGGCGUCUUCUUCUUGGCGUCUCGAUUUAAUCAAAAUGCUUUAUUUCAUAAUGGACAGACAAUCAAUCAUGGUUCCCAGACGUGGUAAAAGAAUUACGGCUGGGAAGCCAGCAAAAAACCUAACUUUUAGCGAGUCCUAUCUGGGACAGAGAUCAGUGAAGUCGAAAGUAAAAAAGUCAGAGAAAUAGGAAUGUGUCCUCCAAAGAAGUUGGCCAGAGUAGCUGUUGGUAAACCAAAAAAACCAGCCGUUGAAUGCUUUAAUAGUUCAAUUAACAGCCCACCUGUCAUUUCAUCCAACAGUUUACGGGAACAGUUAAGUGCUAACAACAGAAACCUCAACAAUUUUCAUGUCUCACCAGACAGCUCACCUAAGAGUUUACGUCAACAUUCUCAUCAACAGCAAACUAGUUUCAACAAUAGAGACCUCAACAAUUAUAAUGUCUCACCAGACAGCUCACCUAAGAAUUUACGUCAACAUUCUCAACAGCAAAAUCGUUCCAACAAUACAGACAUCAACAAUUAUAAUGUCUCACCAGACAACUCACCUAAGAGUUUACGUCAACAUUCUCAACAGCAAAAUCGUUCCAACAAUGGAGACAUCAACAAUUAUCAUGUCUCACCAGACAGCUCACCUAAGAAUUUACGUCAACAUUCUCAACAGCAAAAUCGUUUCAACAAUAGAGACCUUAACAAUUAUAAUGUCUCACCAGACAACUCACCUAAGAGUUUACGUCAACAUUCUCAACAGCAAAAUCGUUCCAACAAUGGAGACAUCAACAAUUAUCAUGUCUCACCAGACAGCUCACCUAAGAAUUUACGUCAACAUUCUCAACAGCAAAAUCGUUUCAACAAUAGAGACCUUAACAAUUAUAAUGUCUCACCAGACAACUCACCUAAGAGUUUACGUCAACAUUCUCAACAGCAAAAUCGUUCCAACAAUGGAGACAUCAACAAUUAUCAUGUCUCACCAGACAGCUCACCUAAGAAUUUACGUCAACAUUCUCAACAGCAAAAUCGUUUCAACAAUAGAGACCUUAACAAUUAUCAUAUCUCACUAGGGCGCUCACCAAUCAGUUCAAGUCAAAAUUCUCAACAACAAACUAGUUUUGCACCCAUUUCUAGCACACCGGUCCAUAAACGAAACUUAUUUAAGGAGACACAAUCGGAUAGUAAUUCCUUGAGUGUUUCCCGCAUAUCCCAUCAUAAAGAACACGAUGCUGAACCUUGCGCUUCGAAUAUUAAGCUACCAAAUGAGAUCGUGGACUACCUAACAAAAUCAAUGGUCCGACAGGACGAACUUUUUCGAGUAGUUCAGUCCCUGGUUGCUAGUAGACCAAUCACUACGUCUGAGGAAGAACACGACGAUUUCGUAGAAAAACUUCCCGAUUUCCCUAUUUCUUCUAUGGAAGACUUUCUUUCAUUGGAGAGUGAGCUGCUUCAAAAACGUUUCAACAUAUAUUUUGUUCGUUACCUUAUAUCUUUGGGAGGUGGUACUCUUGCUGAUUCUUCCAAGCUUUUAUUAAGGCAUUGCUUAGACAAGGAUGUUGCAAUCGAAUAUAGCCACCAAGGAAAAGGAAAACUGAAAAAAAAACCUUUGAACGCAACUGAAUUUUACAAAGCAUAUAAAGUUGCACUUCGCAAGCGCCACAAGAAAAUUUACGAUGAUUCAACGGUUAAUAACUGCAUUGUAAAUUUCCUGCGUGGUGCAAAGGAUCGCAAAGGCGGAAGAAACCAAAGGCGUAAGAUUGCUGAAGAAGAUGAAGAAAACAAAGAAAACGAUAACAUCACAGACGAAGAAAAUGAAGACGAAGAAAAUGAAGACGAUGAAAAUGAAGUCCAAGGGCCUUCGGAUGAGGACUGAAAAUUUAUAUUAGUUGAUCUGUUUUUUCGGUUUCCGUUUGUUCAUUUUUUGUUAAAAUAAGUAAAUGUUACAAAUACAACAAUGACC